GAUUUUGGUGUUGCAAAUUGUAGAUUAAGAGCUUGGAAAAUUGUGCUUGUUGUUUAAUUUGAUUAGUUAACUGCACUGUAGAUUUGUGCUACUACUUAUAUAGGUAUCUAUAUCUAUAUCCAGGAGUAUGAUAUAAUGAUAAGCACCAUAAAUGCUGAAAUUUGAGUUUUAGUUAUUGUUUGAGAAGACGAUGAAGACAGCAAUUAAAGCCGGAAACUGUUCAUUUAUUUGUAUGAGAGAGAUAAAAAGAGAUUAGAAAGUGUUAGAUUUUUUCAUAGUUGGGAACCUAGGUUUUGCUUGUAUGAGCUGUUUCCCUGUAACUUCUACCAUUAUGUUCCCUUCCCUUAUCUUAUAAUGUAAUUUCUCUGGCUGGAAAUUUUUAGAUGGAAUUUAAGUUUGUAUGGGGAAUGAUUUACCACUUGGUGGGUGAAAGAUUCUGAUUGUGGUUAAUGUUUGGAUGAUUUCCAGGUUCAAGGGCAUAUCACACUAUGAAGGACCCGAAUCAAACAACCAUACAGCCCUCCCAUGCCCUGGUGAGCUUCUUGUCGAAGAGCACCAUAGUAACUAUGGUGAGCCCUGGGCUGGUGGGAGAGAUGUGUUUGAGUUCCUGGCAGAGUCUACCCAAUUAAGACCCAAUUCGCGUGUUCUUGAGAUUGGGUGUGGCACACUCCGUGUUGGAUUGCAUUUUAUUCGUUACCUCAAUCCUGAACACUUCCAUUGUCUUGAGAGGGAUGAGCUUUCUCUAAUGGCGGCAUUAAGAUACGAGCUUCCUUCCCAAGGUCUACUACACAAGCGUCCUCGAAUAGUGAAAGGUGAUGAUAUGGAUUUUAGCCAGUUUGGUUCAGAAGUAGCGUAUGAUUUGAUAUAUGCAAGUGCUGUUUUCCUCCAUAUGCCUGAUAAGCUUGUGUGGGUUGGGCUAGAAAGGUUAGCAAAUAAGUUGAAACCAUAUACUGGACGAAUAUUUGUUUCACACAAUAUUAAGUUCUGUUCCCGUCUGGGAGGAGAGGAGUGCACUAAGAGGCUUACGAGUUUAGGCCUCGAAUAUAUUGGAAAGCAUACACAUGAUAGCUUAUUGUUCAAUCAUUAUGAAAUUUGGUUCGAGUUUAGAGGUCCAGAGCAUAGAAUAGAGAACUCAAGUCUUCUUCUUGACUCAAAUCUUCUUCUUGAUCAAAAUUCUUUGCAACUCUGUUUCUGUCACAAAGCUAGCAGUAACCACUGUGCUCUAAAUGUGUUAGUCUCCAUUCCUCACUAUUUUUCAAUGGACUAUCACUUUCCUGUUGAAAGAUGAACUGAAACAGAGUUGGGAAAUCACGCCAGUCUUUACCUCAGCGGACCAUUUGGUUUGCAGGGCACGGGCCUUUGCUGUAUUCAUUUAGAAAUACAGAAAUGUAACUAUUGCCUCGGAAUCAAGCUUUAACUUAGUUGUAUCUAUCACAUUCAAGAUGGCUGUUUGAAUUUGAACUUGUUGUAGAAUAUGAAUAUGUAAAGUGAAUUGACGAUUUUGUUGCCAAUUUGUCGAUGCUCUCUGAAUGGUCGCAUGGCAAGAACUCUUCUGAUUGUGUUUGUGGUUUUGUAUGUUACCCAGAUUUUGUAUGGCA